AUGGCCAAGUACCCCGCCGCACCCCCAACCGCGCCCGCGCGCCUGGAAGCCUCGCUGGCCGAUGCACCACUGGACACGCGCCAGCUGCUGUCGUCGCAACGAGCUCCGCACGACGAGGCCAAAGCCAAGACGGUGCUGUACCUAGCGUACGGAUCCAACCUAUGCAGUGAGACGUUCCGCGGCGCACGCGGUAUCCAGCCCCUCUCGCAAAUCAAUGUGCUGGUGCCCGCGCUGCGCCUGACGUUCGAUCUCCCGGGGAUACCAUACAAAGAGCCGUGUUUCGCCAACACGGCGCUGCGCGAGCCGGGCCAGCAGGACUACCACAAGGACCGCUGGCACAAGGGCCUCGUCGGCGUCGUCUACGAGGUCACGCUGGCAGACUAUGCGCACAUCAUCGCCACCGAGGGCGGCGGCGCCGCCUACGACGAUAUCCUCGUAGACUGCUUCGUGCUGCCGCCCGCCGAUAUCGUUCCCGAGGUGCCCACGACGCCGCCGUUCAAAGCCCACACGCUCUUUGCCGCCAUGGCACAGCCAGACGCCAGUCUGCGGGCAACCCAGCGUCUCGCCCGGCCCGACCCCAGCUAUGCGCAGCCCUCGGCGCGCUAUCUCAAGCUGAUCACGGAUGGCGCGGCCGAGUGCAACCUGCCGGCCGAAUACCACGCCUACCUGCACGGAAUCCGGCCGUACACCAUCACCAGCACCAAGCAGAAGAUGGGCAAGAACCUCUUUCUAGCCAUCUGGCUGCCCAUUAUCGUGUUUAUAUUCGCGCUCGCGGAAAAGUUGCAGGACAAGGAGGGUCGCGCGCCAGCGUGGUUUGCAAAGCUCAAUGAGGCCAUCUCGGUGGGCAUGUGGAUGAGCUACGACACUGUGUUCAAGCCUGCGUUCGGCGAUGGAGAGAGAACAAUGGGUGACGAUGCGCUCGAGGGGAGACGAGCAAGCGGUUCUGCGGCCUGGUACGAUGUAGAGAAGGAGAGCCUGCUGGAGGAAUCGGCGAAAAGCAUGUACCAGUCUCAACUAGCAGAGCAGCGCUGUUAA